AUGUUUUAAGCAGAAAAAGGUGCUAAUGCUAUCCCUGGAUAUACAGGAUUCAUACCAAGCCAAGACUAUGAUCAAGAUUUAUUACAAAUUUAAGGCAAUAGAAAUCACAUCCCAAAUUACGCAGGGUUUGUUCCAGGCAUUAAGUCAGAAAACCUAUUCGGAAAGACUUUCGGAAAAAUUACUUUACUUUCCAGCACACACGAACAUCAUAGAGGAUCUGAUUUACCUGCAGACAUUAGGUACAAAAGCGAAGUAAAAGAGGCUUAUUGUGAUCAAAGAGACUAAAGGGGCAGAGAUAUAAAUCUCUAUGGCAAAUUAGACUCAGAAACAUCAAAAGCUCUUGCCUAUACUUUGUCCAAUCUGACCCACUUUGAAUAAACUAACACUCUUCCUAAACGAAGUGACUCAAGGGAUAGACAGAGCAAUUUAACUUAUGAAGAAGCUUUACAAAAAUUAAAAUGA